AUGGGUGUGUAUGAGGAAUAAAAAGACAGGUACUGUUCUCGAAAUUACCCACUUCAGAUCAGCCUUCACAGAGAAACAGCAUCUUCAAAGGUCACAAGAUGGCUCUUUUCAAGAAUUUAUUCCAACAAACUAAUGACGAAAAGGGUUUUAGACCUGCUCCUGCUCCUGAGUCUGGAUUUUUUGGAACAGUCAAGAGUGAUCCUACUUUUAAAGCCGAGAAUGAUGCUUCAAAAUUAAAGAAAGCCAUUGAGACCAAAGGUGUGGAUGAAGCUACUAUUGUGGAGGUACUAGCAAAGAGAAGCAAUUCACAAAGGCAAGAGAUCCAAGAUAAUUAUAGGAAGACUACUGGAAAAUCUCUGGCAGAUGACUUGAAAAAGGCUCUGAAGUCAGAUUUUGAGGAAGUGGUACUGGCCUUGCUGAUGACUCCUGCCAAGUAUGAUGCUUUUGAAAUGAGAAAAGCCAUGAAGGGUGCUGGGACAAAUGAGAAAGUCCUAAAUGAAAUUCUGGGGACCAGAUCAGACACGGAGAUUAAUGCAUUGAAAACUGCUUACAAAGAAGGUGGACACCUGCUUGAGGAAGAUAUUAAAAGUGAGGUUAAAGGAGAUCUUGAGACUACCCUGCUCGCUCUUUGCAAGGCUACCAGGAGUCAACACCGUGACUUUGAUGAUGGACAGGCUAAGAGUGAUGCAAAGGCUCUUUUUGAAGCAGGAGAGAAUCGGGUUGGCACUGUUUGUUCUGUUUUUAUUGACAUCCUCACAAACAGGAGUGAAGCUCAGUUGUACAAAAUUUUCCAACAUUAUGCCCAACUGAGCAAAGACGGUUUUGCCAAAGACCUUGAGGGUGAGCUGCAUGGAAACUUUGAAGACUGCCUGAUGACCUUGGUGAAGGCUGCUUUGAACAAACCCGCCUACUUUGCAGAAAGGCUCCACCUGGCUAUGAAGGGAUUGGGAACCAACAAUGACACACUGACUAGAAUCAUUGUGAGUCGUUCAGAAAUUGACCUGCUAAAAAUCAUGCAAGAGUACAAGAGGAUGUACGGCAAAACCCUUCAGGAAGACCUCCUGAAGGAAACAAGUGGAGAUUAUGAGAAGAUCCUGCUGGCAAUCUGUGGGGCUCCGUAGACAACAAUAAAUAUCUUUAUUCAACUGGAUCACAUUAAACACAUCUGUUCAUUAUAUGGGCGUAUUCAUGACCCGUGCAAACACCUAACCUCCUCAGGGUGUGGCUCUUCAGGAGUGUUUCAUUAAAACUCUUUGUCAAACCAUUGUGUAAUAUGUUUUUGUUGACCAGUAAGCUCAAAUGCAUGUAGUUUAAAUGUUAAAUACUUUAGGAUACUUUAAAGUAACAUAACUGAGAGUAAAAGUCUACAGUUGUGCAAAUAAGCUGUAUUAUUCUCAACGUUUUGUGACAUUUGAUUGUACGCUGUAACUAAAAACAUGCAGAUGUUGCCAUAAGGAGCUGUUUCUUCCUGAUCUGACCACACAUUUUGGUGUAACCCAAUGCAAUGAGGUUUAUUCUUGAUAUUGAUCCAUUUCUUGAGUUAAUGUGAAUAAAACCAUUCAAUUCAGAAAUUUA